AAAACAAGAGAAGAAGAAUUUUGCGACAGUACGAUACGCCGUAUAUUUUGAGAGGAUUUCAGAAGGUGACUCUGGUUUGCAGGGUAAGCCAUCAGCACCAUGCCAUUCGUAGACCUGCAGGGGAAGUUCGGAGUCAACGUCGACAAAUGGAUUUUGGCCCAGAGCUAUGAGCAGCCAUACAAACGUGUAGCUCACUGCCACGCCUUUGAGAAGGAAUGGAUUGAGUGCUCGAGUGGCAUUGGGAAGACCAGAGCCAAAAAUGAGUGUAAACUGGAGUUUGAGGAUUUUUAUGAAUGUAUGCAUCGUGAAAAGACGAACAAGCGUCUUUAUGAGAUCCGGCAGCAGCGGGACAAAUUGAUCCAGGCUGGGAAAUAUACACCACCUCCUCAGCACACUGGCAAGGAAGAGAUGCGGCCGUGACCUAACCAGAGACCAUGUCCGGCACCUGCCACCCUUUCCUGUGCGUUUCCUUAGACUUGUGUAACAUAAAAAAUGUGUCAAUAUUAUCUGUCCUGUUGAAAUAUGAGAAUAAAUAUAAUUAAUUCUGA